CUUGGCUUGUAUUUGACCAACGCUCAACUCACAAUAUCCUUCUUACAGUUACUUUUAACAAAACAUCGAGCGAAUAAAAUGACUAUGCAAGACUACCCCUGGGUCCAGGCCCCAAUCAUAGCCAACGCCCCCAUGAGCGGCUUCGCGACCAGCGACCUCGCCGCCGCCGUCACCUCCGCCAACGGACUAGGGCUAAUCGGCUUCCUCAGCGACCCCAAGGAGCUAGACUUCCAGCUGCAGCAGGCAAGUCUUCGCCUAAAGAAUCAGGACAAGUCGCCUGAAAAUGCUUAUCCAACCGACAUCCUACCCGUCGGAGUCGGCGUUAUUACCUUCGGAAUGUCCCUCUCGUCAUUCCUACCUCUCGUAGCAAAACAUAAACCCGCCAUCGUCUGGCUUUCAUUCGGGGAGGCAAACGAUUUCAAGUCCUGGACUGAGGGGAUCAGGGCUACCAGUCCAAAGACAAAAAUCUGGGUCCAGAUCGGCACUGUCUCUGCUGCACUGGAGACAGCAAGGGCCUGUCAGCCUGAUGUACUGGUUCUGCAGGGCAGUGAUGCAGGUGGCCACGGGCAUGCACAUUCCUCGAGUAUCAUCACGCUCAUACCGGAAGUUGCAGAUGCACUGGUCCAAGACGGGUUUGUUGGGGAUAGACGGAUUCCGCUCAUUGCGACAGGAGGCAUUAUGGAUGGGCGCGGGGUAGCGGCUGCGAUGACGCUGGGUGCGGUUGGGGUUGUUAUGGGGACGAGGUUUCUAGCUGCGCGUGAGACUGUUAUCCCUGAGGAGUAUCAGAGGGAGAUCCUGGCGGCGUCUGAUGGGGGGGAGUCGACGGUGAGAUCGCGGGUGUUUGAUGAGAUGCGGGCCCCUAGUAUAUGGCCGGGGUUGUAUGAUGGGCGGUGUUUGAGGAAUAGGGUUUAUGAUGAGUGGGAGCAGGGGGUUUCUAUUGAGGAGAUUCGGCGGCAUGUUACGGCUUCUAGGGCUCAAUCCGGGGAGGAAUUCCGGAAUGCGAACAGUUUGUGGGUUGGGGCUGGGGUUGGGCUGGUGAAGAGGGUUGACAGCGCUGGGGAUAUUGUUGAGACCGUGCGAGAGGAUGCACGGCGGUUGCUGAAUUGGCAUAGUCUGCCUGUCUAAGUCAGUACAAACACCGAGAUACGAAGUCUAUCGUUAAAGAUAACAAAUUCAAACGCCGUUUGCUUCUCCAACUGGGGAGCUGAUCCUCUGGGGAUCAGACUGCUUGCCCUAUCUCUCUAUUCACUGCCAGGAUAAUUGCUACCAGAAUAUAAAUGCUAGUCUCCCAGAGAUGGAGCGCUGUUCAGACUGCACACUAUCAGUGAUUCUUUUAAUUCUAUCUUCCAUACCAAUAUCAUUGCAAUAUGGCAGAACUAGACUACAAGAUCAAUAAACAAG